AUGGCUGACGAGUACGGCCGCAGCGGCUACGGCAGGUCCGGCGCCGGCGACGACUACGACAGCGGCUACAACAGCAAGUCCAGAACUGAUGACUACGGCCGUGGCGAAGGUGGCUACAACAAGUCCGGCGGCGACGAGUACGGCCGUGGCACCGGCGGCGGUGGGUACAACAAGUCCGGCAAGGACGACUACGACGGUGGGUACAACGAAUCGGGCACCAACGACGACGAAUACGGCCGCCGUGGCACCGGCGGCGGGUACAACAGCAAGUCCUCUGGCGACGACGCCUACACCGGCGGUGGCGGCGGGUACAACAGCAAGUCUGGUGGCGAGGACGACGGCGAGUACGGUUCCUCCCGGACGACUCGGAGAAUACGAGAGGCACGAGGCGAAGAAGGACCCGGAGCACGCGCGCAGCGGCACAAGAUCGAGGAGGGCGUGGCGGCGGUGGCGGCCCUGGGCAGCGGCGGCUUCGCGUUCCACGAGCACCACGACAAGAAGGAGGCCAAGGACGCGGCGGAGGACGCCGAGGAGGAGGCGGAGUCCGGCCGCGGCGAGGGGGAAGAAGAAGCACCACUUCUUCGGCUGAUCGAGCUGCUGCUGUUCGAUCUCCCUGCGUGCUGCUCUGUGCUCUGUACUUGCUCCCAGAAGCAGCAUGUGCAUGCAGAUGCAGCCCGCGGGCGAAUGAAACCACCGUAUUUUGUUACUAUACUACCACUACAGCACAAGUUAGCAGAGACAGGCAAAACCAAUGUUUAG